AUGCACAGCCAGGGCGGAAUCGGAGGCUCCUCGAGUAUGGACCACGAUACUCACCUCGCCCACCAUGACCAGACGUUUGCAAGCGACCAAUGGGGCGACAUGAGCCCAUACAUUACGACGACAGUGGGAGACUACGGCGGUGGAGCGUACACCUUCAUGUCUCCCAUCUCAUCACACGGCCAUGGCCUCCCAUCCGAGUCGCUGGGCCGGAUGCCGCCACCAGCGACACCUUCACAGCCGGUUCUACAGCCUCAUCCACAUCCUCCCCCGCCUCCGCACCACCCGACGCUCCCGCUGCUCAUGGUUCCAUCGCAUCCUACGUGGCCAAGCAUGCUGACCAACCCGGGAAGCUUCAACACGUCGCCUCCAGUCGCUAUACCUCCUGCCUCGUCCUCCACCAGCAUGCCGUCGUCGUCGUCAACGGUCAAGGCCACAAGACCAGCUGCACAGCCGAGCCAGCCAAGGAAGACGCUGACAGAUGAAGACCGCCGUCGCAUGUGCCAGUGCCAUCUUGAUAACCCGACCAUGAAGCAGACUGAGAUUGGCGCAAUGUUUGGGGUGGAGCGAAGUACCGUGUCCAAGGUCCUCAGCCGGAAAGACAAAUGGCUGAACCCAGAGGAACGCCCACCUCCACCAACCAAGAAGUCCAAGAGCAAGAUCCCGGACAUCGACAAGACACUAGCCAAUUGGCUGCGUAACGAACAGCACAAAGGACGACGCGUUUCAGACGCCGAAAUCCAGGAGCAGGCACGCAUGUAUGCCCGUCCGUUCCGAGAGGCCGAGACUAAGAUCAACAACCCGUCCUGGCUGGAGAAAUUUAAGCAGAAGCAUGAGGCGGCAGGGCGGCUGAUCCGGCGAGCCUCCGAGACCAACAUUCCCAGUGCUGCCGCCUCCAAGCUGGCAAUGACCUCGCCCAUCCUGCCGAGCUCUCAGCCGUCCAGCGCCAUCUCGUCCGGCUCUCCAGCGCACCAGCAAUCCCCGUCACCUUUCUCGAGCAGUAUCCCCGCCAAGAGGGGGGCUGGUGACAACAACACUCUGAAGAAUCACCAGCACCAGCACCAGCACCACCAGCAGCACCACCACCACCACCUGACCCACCACCACUCGUUCGAUCCCGAGACGGGUGGUUCAUCCUUCUCCGAGAGCAACCUCAGCCCGACAGGCACAGGGCAGUUUACCUUCUCGCCGGAUCCCAACGUCGGCGGGUUCUUGGCCUCAGACCAGGUCAGACACUUCCCUCCUGGGGGGCCAGACUUUCAGCGGCCUAGGAGCCAGACAUUUCCCACGCUCAACCUCGAAUACAUGAACGAGACAGAGCCCAUGCCUUCCAACGAGCCCAUGACCCCGAAGUUUCCACCAGGAGGCCACCACCACCACCAUCAGGGCGUCUCCUCGAGCGGCCCAUCCUCGGCAAUCGACUCGCCUGCUCACGAGUUCGCAGCUGCGGGCCCUUUUGGCCUCGACAGCACUAUGUCGCCGCACCAGCACCACCAGCAGCCUGUCCGUCCCCCGCUGCAUCACAGCAGCAGCGCGAGCAGUCUCCAGGGCCGCCUGUCCCAGCAGCAGCAGGGAGGUAGCAGUACGACGCCCGUGAUCGGGAGCGCCCCGCUGUCAUCUGUUGCCUCAUCGCCCGUAUCACCUAGCCAGGAGGACGCCCGGCGGGCAGCAGAUACACUGCUGUCCUUCAUCGCAAACAGCGGCCCCAACAGCAUCGUCGACCAGACUGACUACAACGCCGUGGUGCGGCUUACAGAUAAAUUGAGAAUCCACCAGCAGGCGCAACAAGCGGCCGCCACCGUGAGAGGCCAGGGCAACAACAUGAGCAGCAUGGGUCCUCCGGCUGUGACCGGUCUGGGCAUGAACAUCGGGAUGGGGGGCCUGGACCGGAUCCCAGAAGGUGACGCUGAGAUGAGCAACACUGGGCAGCAUGUUGAAGACGAGGGCGAUUUCAUCAAGAGCGAGGAGACCAUGGUUGUAUGA